AUGGCUUACAAUCUUCAAUCUCUCAUCACCAUCCUCCAAGGGAUUCUGGAUCCCCAACAAACACUCUGGAUUCUUGAACCUGAUCAGAAACCACAACUCCAAUCCCUCCUCCAAAAAGCUUCUUCCCUGCAGCAGAUUCUCGAAAAAUCUCCACCACUCACCAAAAUACCAAGCUUGGAGUGCCAAAUCAGAGACGUAGCAAAUGAAGCAGAAGACAUCGUUGAAUCUCACAUGGUUGAAGCAAAUGAAUCUUACAUGCUUGAACGACUGUUUUCGAUGCCAGAAGAAGAAGAAGACACGACACCAGAUGUGCUGACACCAGAUGUGACACAAAAACUUGAUUCUGUGAUCGAACAAGUCGUGAAGCUCGUGGAGGUGGAGACAAACAAGAAGCCGACUGGCAGCUCAUGGAGUGGUGAUGGUGCUUCUUUCUCGAGUUCGAAGAGCGUGGUGGUGGGAGUUGAUGAAGAUCUGAAGCAGUUGCAGGAUCGGCUGACCGGGAUGCAGAGCAAGCUGGAGAUCCUGCCCAUCGUGGGUAUGGGUGGUAUAGGUAAAACCACUCUUGCUCGAAAACUUUAUCAAGAGUAG